CUGACGGCAACUUGUGUCUUUCCAGUAGACAAAUUCUGAGUACCGGGUUUGUGGAAGUUCACAAACUAAUUUGCUAUUCACUUCUCUUGUGUUUGGGAGAGUGAGUGUACGUCUGCUUUGGGAGCUGUUCGUCGAGUGAUGGACUUGCAGAAUUCUGCAUAGGUAUUUGUAGUUUGGGAAAACUUCAUAAAGUAUUUAGAUCCCCUUCGUGAAAAAUCCUCUACCAUGGAAAAUAACGAGACGAUCGUCUUUACGGCAGAUGAAAGCAUUAUGAGCAAUGAGCUUUCCACAACCAUUGGCACCCUAAUCCUGACACUGGUUUUCCUGAUCGGAGUUCCGGGGAAUCUUUUCAUAAUCUGGAGUAUAUUAUUCCGGACCCAGAAGCGCUCUGUCACCUGCCUCCUGAUUCUUAACCUGGCGCUGGCAGAUGGGGCACUGAUGCUCCUGACUCCGUUCUUCAUCGUGUACUUGGCAUUGCAAGACUGGGUUUUUGGGACAGUCCUGUGCAAGACCUUGUUCUACCUCUGCUGUAUGAACAUGUACGCCAGCAUCUUUCUCAUUACACUCAUGAGCCUUGAUCGCUUGGUGGCUGUGGCUUGGCCCAGUAAAAUGGCCGUUUCACGGAGGAAAGGGUUGGUGAUCAAGGUCUUGGUCACGCUGUGGAUGAUGACUUUGGCAUUUGCAGUUCCUGCGGUCGUGUAUCGAUCUACAGGGACCGACACAAGUGAGAACCGAACUGUCUGCGUGCCUUUCCACAAGAGCAGGAGCCACCAGGUAUUCCAGUAUGGGUUUGAGACGUUCAUCGGGUUUGUGGUCCCCUUCUCUGUAAUUUUGGGGAGUUACGGGUACAUCUUGCACCGUUUACGGAGCUCCAAGUUUCAGCGGCGCAUCCGCAGUGAGAAACUGAUCCUGGCGAUCAUCGUGAUGUUUGGAGUCCUGUGGCUGCCCUACCAUGUGGUUAAUAUCAUUCAGGUGGUGGCAGCUCUGUCCUCGAAGGAUCUGGAGAGUCGGCUGGACCACCUGUGGAAGAGCUGCCGUGCUGUGGCCUCUGCCCUGGCCUUUAUCAGCAGCUGUGUGAACCCUGUGCUGUACACCUUCGCAGGGAAGGGCUACAUGAAGACCGCUGGCUUCAACUUCAUGGCUCGGCUGUUUGAAAGCACGGCCUUGAACUCAGCCAGCAGGAAAUCACGUCAAGCCAAGCCUAGCAAAGAAUGCACCUGCCUGGAGUCUAGGGAGCUUCAGAGAAGCAAGGAUACCUCCACUGAUGGAUGAAGCAACCAAGCCUAGAGAUCUCUAGUUAACUUUAUUGGUUUUAUUCCUAGACCUCCUUUUAUCACGUUUGUUUUUGGUGAGCUUUGAAAAGUUUGGGACUGUGCUGUGUUACAGAAUUAUCUUUACCAUGUUUUAAGUUGGGUUUGAAAAGAUUUCAGGGACAGCUAGUAGUCACAGUGUAGCAUGAUACUGUUAAUAAGCAGAGCACUAUUUGAGCUGUGUCUUAGUUAGCUACAGACAGAACGAGCCCCAAAAUCCUGUUCAGUUUGACACUACAAUAUAAUUAAAAUAACAAGAAGCAUGUGUUGUAGCAAAUAUGUUUCUCACAACAACAAAUAUAUGGAGAGACAGCUCCAUUAACUGCAAAUGCAAGCUUACAAUGGUAAGGGACAAGGCUCUAGUAGACACAUGAGCAAUUUUAUAUUCUGCAUUGCCAUUUUGCACUUUUCGCAUGGUUAUACUAUGCAUUUGUCAUUAGUUUACCAUUGUUUGCCACGUUUUUUAAUAUGCUUUAAUAUCUCUCUGUGCUUUACAAUGCGUACCUAUUCUUGCACUGUGCUUUAUUACACUUUUCUAUGGGGAACAUUUACAAGGGUUAAGUUAACAAGGUUUGUUUCUUAAUAUGCUUUACCAUACCUUUUAAAAUGCUUACAUAUACUUUACCAUGCCUCCACUCUGCUUUAUUGCAGGUUGCUGUGCUUUUAGUGUGGUUAACUUGUAUAAGGGGGAAAAAUGCAGUCUACAAAAUGAAACAUAGACUAAACAGUAAUCAUACGUUGGUUUUUAAUUCGCUUUUGUGUGUUAUUUGUUUUUGUUGCAGGGCACAGGCCCUGCGCAUGUAAAAAUGUAAAUAUCGAGUCUGUACAUUUUGUGUGUUUUGUUUAUAUGUAAAUUCUUGCUUAUAAAAUUUGACAGAGAUGGGUGUGACAGGCUGGCAAGAGACCCAGAGACAUACUGCAGUUCAAAAAAAUAAUACUUUUAUUAACAAUUA